GACCGACAUGACUAUGUUACGCCGUUUGUCCACCAUGACGAAAUCAUUGACAGAUCUACCUAUCAAUCCAGCGAGACUCACAUCCUCGCUUCCACAUGAUAUUAUGACUCCUUUGGACGUGGAAGCCUCCGAGAAAGUCUUACGAAUCUCGAGACCAGUCCACAAUGCUGUCUUCAGCUACGUGAAUCCCGAAAAGGCUCCAGAUCCUCAGUUACUAAGCGUUUCACCAGCCGCACUGAAUGAAAUUGACCUGACAAUGGAGGAAACAAAGACAAGCGAAUAUCUCAAUGUGUUCUCGGGAAACCAGCUUCUACCUGAUACUCAUCCUUGGUCUUUAUGUUAUGCCGGCCAUCAAUUUGGCUAUUUUGCUGGGCAAUUAGGAGAUGGCAGAGCUAUAUCUUUAUUCGAAACUGAAAACAAAAAAGGCGAACGUUGGGAGUUGCAAUUGAAGGGGGCUGGCCGUACACCUUACUCUCGGUUUGCCGAUGGCUAUGCCGUUUUACGUUCAUCAAUUCGAGAAUUCCUCGGAUCUGAACAUAUGGCUGCAUUAGGUGUACCGACCUCCAGAGCCCUCAAUCUUAUCCUGACCGACCGUGAAGUAUACCGAGAGGAUGCGCCUUCAGAUGUGCCACAACCAGAGCAAGGCGCUAUAGUCACUCGAAUGGCGCCAUCAUGGCUGCGCUUCGGUAAUUUCGAGAUUUUCAACGCGCGUGGGGACAGAGCCAAUGUCAAGAAACUUGCAGACUAUGUGCUUAAGGAAGUGGUGAAAAUUGAUCAAAAGUCCACGGAAAACAAGGGUAACCGUUAUGAAAACCUGUUGCGGCAAGUAGCGAAGUCAACAGCCGACAUGGUUGCCGGCUGGCAAAGCUUAGGGUUCAAUCAUGGCGUUAUGAACACCGACAACAUGUCCAUAUUAGGGUUGACAAUAGACUACGGUCCAUACCAGUUUAUGGAUUACUACGAUCAUCAGUACAUUUGCAAUCAUUCUGACACUUCAGGAAGAUACGCUUUCUCUCAGCAGCCUACUAUUUGCAUGUGGAAUGUUUGGAAGCUUGGAAGCACUAUGACGGAGUUAAUGGGUGCAGGAGACGAAAUUGACGAAAUCGAUAUUACGACACUGGAUGAUACUGAACGACGUGAAAAAUACAAAAAAGCUGGAGCCGACAUCAAUGAAAAGAUUGCCGGAGAAGAGCUUGGAGAAUACUUUAUGGAAAGUUAUACCGAAAAGAUGCGCGCCAAGCUCGGAUUAUCGACAGAAGACAGCUCCGAUAUGGAGACUGUGAUAGGCCCCCUGCUGCAUUGGAUGGGUGAAUAUCGAGUCGACUAUCACAAGUUCUUCCGAUCGCUUUCAGAUUACCAAAUAACGGAGGAAGGCGAAGAAAAGGACGCAGAUAAGGCUGUUGAUAGGCUCAAAAUUGUUUCUGGCCUACAAAGAGAAGAAAAGGCUAAGGAGGCCUUGCGACCAUGGCUAUCCAUAUACAGACACCGCGUCUUGCUAUCCAAGCUAGACAACGAAAGCCGUAAAGAGCAAAUGGACAAGGUGAACCCUCGGUUUAUACUACGCAAUUGGAUUGCACAGCAAGUAUGCAGCGCAUUCGAUAAUAAGCCGGAGGAUGAGGCGAAAUCUAUGCUGGAUAGCUGUCUCCAUGCUAGUAUCAACCCUUAUGAAUCCAAAUACGACGAUGAACAAAUAGAAAAAUGGAUAGAGCAGGAUGUGCCUCAAUGGGGACGUGAUCUUAAAUGUUCAUGUAGUUCUUAAAUUUUUUAAAACAAGGUGUUUUUAUAUAUAUAACUUUUUGUCUAUAGUAUCAAUUAUGUCUUCCAUAUUGAUAUCUGCUCCAAACGAGCAGCAUAAAAAUUAUUUUACAAGGAAGUUGACCAGCUUUCCACCCUUUGCCAUAAUAACUCUGUGCACGUUCU